AUGAACGCCGAAAGUCUGUUCUCCGUCGAAUUUACUCGCUGCGCCCGUCGAACUCCCCGAUUAACGUACGAUACGAGAUCGCUGUCGGCCAGAGAACCAGAUAGACGUAAGUUUUGCAAAAUUUUGGUUUUUUGUAGAACCUUUGUCCUCUUUUGUACAAAUUUUUUGUGGAGAUAAGGCUGAAACUUUAGUUGCCAUGCUAGCGAAAAAACUGUCGAAUUUUCACCAAAUUUUGGGCCAAAAUUCUUGAUUACUUUAAGCUAGGAAUCUUGCAUGUUUUAUAGGAAAUAACAGCCUAAAAUUACAUCAAUUCUUUUGUAAAAUCAGCGUCUCAGUUUUUAUCACUUCCCUUAUCAAGUUUGACCAGUAAAUCCUUUAGUUUGUGGUCAACUAAGUUUCUAUUUGAAAUCUCAUCAUUAAAAAUACUCCCCCAAUUGCUUUGUUCCCCUUCUGAUGUCUCCAACUGCUCAAAUUACGAGAAAUGAUGUCAAUUCUGUUUUGAGAUUUUAUGUCCGGCUUUUCAAAGACGCUUUUCCACAUGGUCAUUAAUCUGUUUUUAUCCCGGAUAAUCUCGCAUGAGUUCGGGUGUUAAAUGUAUUCCCGGUGUGGUUAUUAAAUGAUUCGGCUUCCUUGUACACCUAUGUGCCAGUAGCAGCGUAAUGAUGCGAUGUAGGUGUUUGUGUAAAUAUGUAAAUGUAUAUAUAAUAAAAAUAUUUGGAUCAUAAGAAGGUACGACUUGACAGGUUAAGAUAUGCGUAUAUUAGCGAGGAUUUAUAAUAUUUCUCACAGGGGAAGUACUCCAAGUGCGACGCUCAGAUUUCCUUAAAAUUUUGCACACACGUCGGGUAUGGAUUAAAUAUCAAUUCCUGAAAGGUUUAGCUCGCGCUUUGCGGGCGCCGCCGAGAUAUCGAACGAUUUUUGCCGCCGAGAGAGCACGCUAAACGUGGAGAGCGGUCAGAGAGAAAACACCUUUUUGGCCAUAACUUUGGCAGUUCCGAGCGGAAAAAUUUGAUUUUUUGUAGAAACAUUAUCCUUUAGGGUAGAAAUAGGCACAAAACUUUUCGUGCCGAAAUUCCGCAAAAAGUCAAAUUUUUGGCCGACUUUCGAUUUAAAAAUCUCAGUUGUUUCUGCAAAGCGCGAGCUAGGAUUCUCGCAUAUAUCUUAUAAAAAAUUAUUCUAAAUUUGUGCCAAGUUUCAUCAAAAUCUGAGCGUCGAAUACGUGUCAAAUUGUAGUAAUAACCUUCCCACUCAGUUCCUCCAAUUUACAUAUUUACUUUUCAACUUUAAUUCCUCGUCAUUUCCUGUGCCAUGACACACACACACCUACAUUUAAUGUAAGCAAAUUGCAUUAGGUUGUUAUAAAUUACGCAUUUUCUCAUGAACUUUUCCCAAUGAUGACCAUUCCGAACAUUCCGGAAACCCUUCAGAUUUUAUUGGAAAGCGUGUUGUUUACACUCGGCGUGAGACAUUUAUUUUUAGGACAUCAAUUAGACAUGUUAAAUACAGGACGAUCCUCGAGGAGGAUAUCCUUUUUGGCCUUUAAAUUCUAGAUAAUUGCGUUGUUUUAGAAAUUUCUUGGCUGUUUCUUUUCCUGUUUUCGAUGGUAGUUGUGGUGUGUUACGGUUGCGAGUGAAGGGCUCAAGAUUCGGCACUUUGAUUUUUAGGCAUCUUGGCGCAAAAUUCGACUAAUUUCUUCUAAAAAAGGAAGUCUUCUAGGUGAAGUACCGAGAUAUUCUAAAAAAAAUUCAUCAGGCUCUGAAUCAGUCACAUAUUGCAUUAACCCGCUCUUAGCAGCGACCUAGAUAUCUAAUAUUAUAAUAUUGCUCAGUGCCUCACAAUUUUUUUCGAAAUGGGUAUGUAUUAUAUAUAUGUUGGUGUAUACGUAUAUGGAUGCUCUCCGGAUAUUUUCAGCUUACAAAUCCAUAUCCGUACCCGAUAUAUUGCCGAUAAAAAAUGAUCGUAUAUGCUGUAUCCGUAUCCGAAUAUCCGGGUAUGGGAAACCUUUCGGAUAUUCAACUGUUGGGACUAAAUUUGAUCGUAGUCUACAAAAGGGGUCGUGCCAUGAAAAUUUUUAUUCUUAUCUUUGCCCAGAGGGCACCGUUUCCACAAAAGAUCAAAUUUUCCCUCGCGCAAAAGGACAAGAUGUGUUGUUGUUGUUUUUGGCCGCUCUCCGAAGAAGAGAUGACCUCGUUGCUCUCGCAAAACGCAAGCUAAUCCUUCAGAGAUUGAUUUAUGGGCUACUAUUGUUCCAGAUAUAUAGUUCAAACUGUCUUUUCAUCAAACGUCGUUGAAUAUGGUUGCAAAGGGCAAGCUGAAAUUUAUGCCAUUGAUUGUAGCUUCUCUUGGAAUGUCUUCAAAAAAAUAGGUAAAAAUUUGAGCUCAGCGCUUUCAGCAAUUCAUCUAUGAUGUUUUAUAAGACGCUGACGCUUCAGUAAAGUGUUGUCGCAUCCACGUCUUUGAAUAUUUGGCUUUGUUCUCUAAUAAAAUUCGGCAAAAUCACGCUUCCUGUAAACAUUACUCGCAUCAAAACACUUGCGUUUUCAUUUUCAGCGAAUCUCUUUUGUCCAACUUUUUUUUGAAAUUUCAAUUUUUUAAAGAAAUUUUAAUAAUUUCAAUUUACACUUGACACGCAACAUGCUUCAAAUUCGCAGUAAAAGGCAAUAUAAAAACAAAUGGAAAACGCAAUAAACACAGUGCUCUACGUCUGCUGAUAAUUGCUUUUCUGAUUCGCAAAUUGGCCAAGUUUGGAGCGACAUUCCCUCCGGGCUUGUAAAUAUCAACCCUUUUCGGGUAACUUUUAGAUGCCCGUAGGGGUUGGCGAUGUCAAAAACGGGGCUAAACGGCUCUGACAUUGCGUAGAUUCUGGGGUUUUUUUACAGGCAAAAGCGUCACAACUCUUUUGGAAGUUUUUAUGACGUUUUUUGGAUUGAUUACAGAAACCGCUGUCUGCAUAUCGCCUUCUCUCUCGGCGUAAGGAUUGCUGUAUAUUUUGACUAAAAAAUUUGAGCGUCGCACAACAAAUUUCAAAAAAAUGUCACGUGAGGUCGUGACGUAGCAUGCCAAAAGAUGGAUCGCGUCCGAAAGGUCUUUACAUCCAUCUGUUCCGCGGAACUUCCUGAAUGUAAUAAAAAGUAUCGGAGUUGGGGGUUUUGCAGCAGGCUUAUGGGUGGUUUAUGGUCUAUGGAACUUAUGCUUGCAAGCUUUUGAGUCGCAACAUUUCAGAUGGGAGCGAUGAAACAUAUUUAAUUUACUGUGAAAUAGGGGAAAAAUUAAACCUUAAAGUUAAAGUUAAAUCUCCGUAUAGCAAAUAGGUAGGGGCUAAAAAUUGUGUUUGCAAUAGAAGGGAUUCGUUGUAGAGAGGUUUUUUCGGCCUAAAUUGACGCAGGACUCGAAAAUUUUUUUGUUAUAGAGAGAUCUUGAUGUAUGGGAGAUUAUGGCACAUUACUAUCGCGUUUUUAUAAAAAAUUUUGUAUUUUUUCAUUAUGCUCUUAAUCAGAAUUGUACACUCCCUAAUUGUAGGUCGAUUUGCGCUUUUAGCUUCCCUAUUCUCUGACCAAUUUUCUCCUCACGUGUUGCGCGUGCCCUCAGGGUUCUGAACUCGGUCCCCACAAAAAGAAUUGAUUAAAAAUACCCGUGGGAAUCGAGAACAAAAAAAAAGAGAAAGUCCUUUCAGUGCAUGAGACCAUUUUCUCGAGUACUUUAUGCAUGUUGCAUAUUAGCUUCCUACUUUCCUGGGCAGAAUGCCCUGUUCUUUAGUCAGUUGGGUGUUUACAAUGUCAUGUUUACAAUUUGAGGUCGUGGGGAAAGGGAAAUCGAGCCUGGGUGUAGGUGGAAGCAGGUUGUUUAGGAAAGGGGUUACCGUAUUUUUGAGCAGUUUUUGAUUUUGUUAGGUUGAUGAAUUUUGCUGCCAAGUUUUCUUAGCUUAUUUAGUGUAGCUUAUUUUAAAUUUUCAAAAUAAAAAUUACUUUUUUCUCUGCAUUUUUCUUUGUCGCCCUCGAAACACAAUGACCCUGACUAUAUCCUGUUCUUAUAUUCAUCGUCUACACUUGACUUGAUCCUUUGUUUUUCUCCCACUCAAGACCAUAUUGUCUUCUUGUGGUUCGAAAACCUCCGGGCGUCAUGUGACUUCACUCUAGCAUCAUCCACAUCACUUCCGGAGAUUAUGAAGUCAUUGAGGAUACAAAAACAUUAAGGUUACUGUAAUGACAAAAGAAAUAUAAUCAAAGCUUCAAAAUUACAACCAAAACUAAAUUUACAAAUAUUGUCGUAUGUAAUAGUUGUAAUAGCUGCUAUUAAUAACCUGAAUUAAAUAUCAUAAAAACUUGGCAAAUUACAACAAACAGGCCUCUUUUGACAAGAAAAGACUUCAAUUGCAUGAGUGCGCUUUAGGUUGUUUAUAAUAAACAUUUCAAUACACUUGAAUUUUCGUAUUUUACAUCUUUUACAUAUUUUCGCUCAAAACACCUUUCAUCGUAUAAAAUGUCACUUUUUGUAAUCUUCAUUCCAAAUAAGGCAAAAUCAUUUUGUUAUAUUCUAGGUUGUUUAUAAUAAAAAACUAAUUCGAUUCAUCGUAUUUUACCACCUUUUUUGACAGUUUUUAUCCUCAACUUCCGUGUAAAUGUACAGUAAUUUGCAAAUUGCAAAUUCAAAUUCUUUUGUCACAACAAUUUGUCAAACAAUUUUUCGAGUGCUCUGUGGGUUGAAGGUCCUUGACGCUUCACUUAUCACCACUCAGUUUUGCAAUCAUUUUGCAGCCGGAAAGUAAAUAAAUCGACAAAAAAUGGAGCAAAAGUUACGAAAAAAAAGAGUAAUAUAGGUAAUGAGUUUAAUAACAAGUUUGGGAGGCUAAUUGGAUGAGAAUGCCGACCUUUGAUGGGGAAAUAUAAUAAUUGUUUCCAGGAAUCCGGAGGUGUAGUUUAGGACGGGGAACGAGGUUUUGGUUAUUUGCGGAGUAAGUUUGCUCGGAAAAUAUAUAGUUUACAAAAUUUUUGAGCUAAUUAAGCAAUUUGUUAGAAAACUUUGGAUCCUUGUGAAAAUUUAUAGGGCAAAGCACAGAAUAAUACAAUUUGAACUACUUGUUGCUGACUAACUCAGUAAUUCUGAACAAUAUUUUUGAAAUUUUAACAAGAGAAAGUCUUCAAGUUCGACGCUCAGAUGGAAGCCAAAUUUUACAAAGAUUGCUGUGCAUAGGUUUCUUUUCAGUGUCUAAACAUUUAGCUUGCGCUUUUUGCUAGCCGCUGAGAUAUUCAACGAUCUUUGCCGCCUUUGAGAUGGUCACGAAAUCCGAGAAACGGUCAGAGAACCAAAGAGUUUUUAGCCUUUCUCUUUUUUACAUUGCUGUCUAAGAAGGUAAAGAAAAAAGACUAAACUGUUUGAUAGAUAAACUUAUUUCGAAUUUUUUCCAACCCUCGGGCUUCCAAUCUCGGUUGUUUCUGCAAAACGCGACGUAGGAAUUUUGGAUUCGCCUCGGUCACUGAAUUUCCGACGGCGUCCGAAAAGUGGAGCCUAAAAUUUUUAUUGCUUGGUCUACAAGUCAGAUAGAGUUAGAGGGUCCUCUCUGAUUAGGUAUCUCUAAUCUCAUCUUCUAUAAAAUGAGGUGGUAUUUGUUGGAUGCAUUUACGUCAUUAUAUUUUUUACUUUUGACUCUGUAUUUUAUCGUCAUUAACAUCAAUUUUACUCAAAAUAUUUUUUGUUUUUUUUACACAUGACAUCAAUUUUUUACAUUUAUAUUGUCCAUGACCUUGUUUGAAUUUAAUUUUUUUCUGAGUAUAUCUAAAAUAUUUUUUUCAUUUUCAGCUCAAGUCUCUCCCAAAUCCCGUCGCAAACUCCCCACUACUCCCACCGAAUCGACCAAUCGUCUGAACGUGGUGUUUGGCCAAUUGCAUUGCACCACGAGCUGGGAUCGACUCAGUACCGCGGGUAAGACAAAUAUUUAAUUUAACUUUUUAAAUUAAUGUUUUUAAUUGCUCGGCAAAUAUUGGAAAGAGAGACAAAAGAAUUUCAAAUUGAAGUGAUUGACAAGUUGAUCUUGAAAUUGUUGAAAAAAAUUGAAAAACAAAAAAAAACUGUAUAUAAAAAAAUAAAAAAAUUAAAAAAAUUAACUAAUAUAUCAAAGGUUUUACUAUAGUAAUUAUUUUUUUUUUAAUUUUCAGUCAUGGUCAAGUAUCAUAUUAAAAUUUUGGAUCUGUUUUUUUUUUGUGAAAAUCUGAUUUUUACAACCCACAUCUGGCCAUAAUUUUUUCGGCCAGACAAUGGAAUUGAUAUGACAAAUGAGAGUUUUCACCUUCUCAAUAAAUGUCAGAGAUUACGCGAUCUCUCCGUUAUUUGACUUUAUUUAUUUAUCUUCUUGAAUUUUUGGAGGGUUCAGAUAUUAAAGAUCUUGAACAUUUCGGAUUAAACAUUUUUUCUCAACAUGCUAAAUUUUUUAAAAGUUUAUUUUUUUUAUUUUAUGUCUGUUUCUAAGAAAUUUUUUUAUUUUCCCACAGUACUUUUUAAGGAUCAACAAUUUUAGAGAAAACACUGCGGGUUCAGACUUUUAUUUUCUAUUUUAAUAUUAAUUUGGCUGUUUUUUGAACUCCUAGAGCUCAAACUUGUCAUAAGUAGAGGUGGCUAUGCUUCAGUAAUUUUUUUGAAAAAGUUCGAAAAAACCGGAAAGAUCGGAAAAUAAAAGAAGUUAGUUUUUUAGGACAAAGGAUGAAAAACAAUGACGCUAUAAGACGGCGGGUUUUUGAAUUCAUUAGGUGAUUUUUGUCAGUGAAAAGAUGCUUUUCAAGAAAGGUAGUUUGUUAUAAAAUAAUUUGUUUUAUAAAAACUACAAGUAGAAAAUUACUAUCUCGAUUUUUUAAGGGCUUUCAUAAAGAUAAAGCCCUCUUUUCGAAAGUAAAAUCUCUCAGGAAUGAAGACACAAAAUUGGUUCAAAUUAUGGAUACACAGUCUACAUAGCCUGUACAUCAAAUGCUGAAAAUUUUAGCUAAACCUCUGCAAGCACAGCUGAGAUAUUCAACAAUCAUUGCUAACUAGACCACUGAAAAUUAGGUGAGACGGCAAAAGAUUAGGAUGUUUUUGGGUUAUUUCUUGUUGAUUUUUUUGUGGAAAAAGGCCUUUUUUGGCAUAAAUUAUCUACUUCAGACGUUGAAUAAACUGUUUUUACACAAUUAAAAUCUCAAAAAAAAAAAUACAAUAUCAAUUUUUUUUAUUCAAAAAAUGCAAGUAUUUGUGCAAAACGUGAGCCAAAAAUUUCAAAAAUUCCUUUGAGAAUUGUAAUCAUGAUUUUUGUCAAGUAUUAUGAUCUUCUGAUGACUUUAUUUUUGAGAUUUUUGUACUGAAUUACAAAAUAUUUUCAACCAAAAUUCAAAAUAUUUAAAAUUUUGCAUAGAGAAGUUUUGAUCCUUUGCUGUAGACAGCCUUGUCUUUCCUUUAAAAUUUCCCCCGAUAUUCCUCCUAAUUCCUUCAAAUUUCUCAUGUUUUCCCAAUUUUCCGUGAUUUCCCAGUACAAGUGAAACCGAAAACCGUUUGGUCGGAACAAAGAAACAGCAUCGUAUCUUCGGAUUGUUUUUGUAUUCUCCUAAACCAAUGUUUACCCAGUUUUCUGACCAAAACGUGACCUCUUUUACGUUGUAUUUUAGUAGACAUUUCAACUCAAAAAUUCAAAUUUUUGAUGUCAUCGCAAAACAAGCACGCCGGAAGGUGCUCAAAUAUUGAUUAUGAGUCAAUUUAACCCACGACGACAUAAUAAAUCGAGUGGAUUCGGUUGCCGGGAUAUGGGAUUUUUAGUUUUUUGGAGCUGAAUUGGGAAAAGGAACUAAAAAACAACUGUUUAGCAUAUUUACGGUAGUCUAGACCGUAUUUUAGAGAAUUUAUUUUGUAAAUAAGUUUGAGAAAAGAUCGAGUUUUUAUGGGUUGAGCUUCUGGUUUCAUCAAUAAUCAGAAAAUAUUAAAAUAUUCACAAAAAUACGACAAAAAAAUAAAAAAUCAUCGAAAAUAAUGUAAAAGUCAUCAUUUUCUUUGAUUUUUUUAGUAUAAAAUGGUAUUUAAACUAAAGUUUCGUCUGUUUUUUAUUGUAUUUUAGAAGUUUUUACAAUUUUUUCAAACAUUUUUAACCUUAUUUUUCCAAAAUUUACCAUCAUUUAACCAAAAAAUUUCAAAAAUUUUUUAUUUCAGACCACCGACCGAUAUACUUGAAUGUGACACCGGAUUACUGUCCCAGUCCAGUCCGCUCACCCAGCCCGGUCCAAAGUUCAGCCAUGCAAAAGACCUCGUUAUUACGUAAACUUCAUUUCCAAGGCCGCGUAAGUCCCCGCUUAACGGCUUUUUUGACGUCAAAAAUGUCAUCUUCUGACAUUUUACCCCAUUCCUUGCCUCGGGCAAUAUUUGGGAAUGGCAUUGAAUUUCGCUUUUUCCAUAUUUUUGCAGGAGAACGCGAAAUUUUUUGCGUUUUUAGUGUUUGUAAAGCAAAAUUUAGUGCUAAAAUUACUGUUUAAAACACGAUUUCUGACUCACUGAAUCAGCCGUGUGCAAGGCCGGGACAUAGGAAAUUUUCGAUUUUGAGAUUUACAGCUGGAUAUGUCCGCACCCAUCAUAUAAGUGUGUUCCUGAAGCCUUUUGCCCUAAUUCUCCCGUUAACCUAGAUUUAUUUACAAUUUAAGAAAUUUACAGUAACGUCAAAUAUCUCAAAACUAGGAAGACGUAGAGCCGUAAAACUGUGGUUAUGUAUGUUUUUGUGCACUGGGAAUCCAAUGGAGGUGGUUUUGGGUCGAAAGGGUUACUGUAACAUAGCAAACUUGCGCUUCGGCCGCACAAAAUCGGCCGUAAAAAGGUUGUUUCUGAAAACCCACAGCUGAAUUUUUGAUAUGUUGAUCAGCAUAAAAUUCUGCCCUAGAAACAUUAAAAAAAAGUUCAAAAAUGCGGGGGGCUAUUUUUGUGGUAUAGUGGAUUUUGACAAAAUAUACCAAUCUGACGGCCCGAGUUCGAGUCCGGGUGGACGCAAAUCGCUUAGAAUUGGUCGGGAAUGACUUUAAGGGCGCGGAUAUGGAAGACUGAGUUUAUUUCAGGUGAUUUUGAUAACAAUCCGGCAGUUUUCAGAUUUUUUGGUGGAAAAAGGGCGAAAAUACAACUUUUAGACAAAUCGUAUUUUACACGGCUGUUUUGCGUUCAUGACAGAAUAAGAACUUAUAUUUAAUCGUUUGAAGGGUUUUUCGGCAAUUAAACCCGUCAAAAAAAAUUUUUUAAUGUUGUACUUGACAUCUGAUAAGCAAGCAGUGCAUGGACCUUCCAGCUUGUAAUUUCUUUCGCUCUGACUUGACAAAUUGUCUGCAAAGGUUAUAACUAGCAUAAAAUUUAAAUUAUUUCACGGCUAACCACAAGAAAUCUAGUUUGAGAAUGAAUUUUCUCCGAAUUUCAUCGAUUUUUCUAUAAAGCGAAAUCACUUCCAUGAUGAACCAUUUUCUGAAAACAUGUGAAAUAUAGUCAUAAAACAGUGAAUUACGUUGUCAUUAGCCAAGUUUCGGUACUACUGAUGCCUGCAAGAGGUAAAAUUAUCAGGUACCUAGUAUAAUAUAUAAAUACUCAGAACAUGGUUUCUACUAGUUGGAAACACUUGAAAAACACUACAUAUAAGUUCUUAUUCUGUCAUGAACGCAAAACGGCCGUAUAAAAUACGAUUUGUCUAAAAGUUGUAUUUUCGCCCUUUUUCCACCAAAAAAUCUGAAAACUGCCGGAUUGUUAUCAAAAUCACCUGAAAUAAACUCAGUCUUCCAUAUCCGCGCCCUUAAAGUCAUUCCCGACCAAUUCUAAGCGAUUUGCGUCCACCCGGACUCGAACUCGGGCCGUCAGAUUGGUAUAUUUUGUCAAAAUCCACUAUACCACAAAAAUAGCCCCCCGCAUUUUUGGACUUUUUUUUAAUGUUUCUAGGGCAGAAUUUUAUGCUGAUCAACAUAUCAAAAAUGCAGCUGUGGGUUUUCAGAAACAAUUUUUUACGGCCGAUUUUGUGCGGCCGAAGCGCAAGUUUGCUAUGUUACAGUAACCCUUUCGACCCAAAACCACCUCCAUUGGAUUCCCAGUGCCCAAAAACAUACAUAACCACAGUUUUACGGCUCUACGUCUUCCUAGUUUUGAGAUAUUUGACGUUACUGUAAAUUUCUUAAAUUGUAAAUAAAUCUAGGUUAACGGGAGAAUUAGGGCAAAAGGCUUCAGGAACACACUUAUAUGAUGGGUGCGGACAUAUCCAGCUGUAAAUCUCAAAAUCGAAAAUUUCCUAUGUCCACGGCUAAUUCACCGAGUCAGAAAUCGUGUUUUAAUGUCGCAACUUGUCAUUUCCGAUAAUUUGUUGCUAUUUUUUUCGGAUUGGGUUGCAAUUUUUUGGCCAAGAGACGUCAAAAAUUCAGUUGAGAUCAAAAUUUAAUCUUGUUUUGAUUGCACAGUGCAAUAAAAAUAAAAAAAGAGUGCACGGUGCGGAGAACAAAGGACUGCACGGUGCAGUGAACCUUCCUCUUAUCGCGAAAACAAAAUUUCGCACUGUGCAAUUUAUUUUCCAAACCUCUCCGAAUUCUGCACGGUGCAAAUUUGCUCUGCGAUAAAUUUGACCCUUUGCACAGUGCAAAUUUGCAGUUUUUUCUGCGAUGAAUUUCUCUUUUGCACGGUGCAGGCAAAAAAAAGUUUUGCUGCACAGUGCGGGUUUUUCGAUUGUUCUGCACUGUGCGGUUUAUUUUCCAAGCCUCUCCAAAUUCUGCACGGUGCAAAAAUUUGCAGUUUUUCUGCGAUGAAUUUUUCUCUUUGCACGGUGCAGAUAAAAAAAGAGUUCGCUGCACAGUGCAAUUUUUUGAUUGGCCGCCUGCACUGUGCGGUUUAUCAAUUGGUCAUUGCACAGUGCGAAAAAUUACAAAAAUUGCCACUGCACUGUGCAAAAAAAAUAUUUUAAAAAAAUUCGCCCUGAGGCAAUGGUGUUCAAGGCUGUCGGUUCAAACAUUACUUUUUGUUAAAUAAUUUUUCAUGCUUACAUAUUCCUCAUGACCUCAAAUCCUACGAACGUCCUUCGUAUGAGCUUCGGAACAAUGGCCAAAAAUUUGCAUCCAAAGACCAAAACUCUGUUUUGAUAGCAUUGUUUCGGCCGCAACGCGCUUCUACUUUUACGCCUUUCGAAUUACUUUUACAACUUUUUGGCCAUAAUUAAAGAGUCGGGCGGAAAAUGUUAUAGGGAGUUUUAUGAGUUGUGAGGUCAGAAUUGGUUUCCGCUUCUAAACUUGGGAGUUGAGAGGGAGGUUUGAUGGUGUGGAGAGACGGGAAGGUGGUUGGAAGCGUGUUUAGUGGGAGAUUUGUAUAUUACACUUGAUAAUUUGGGUAAAAGAAGGUAAAAAUUGUAUUGUUCUUGGUAUUAUAGCUGUUAAGCCAUUUUAGUGUGUGCCUAGAGUCAUAGAUUUUUGUGAAAUUCUGUAUGCCUUUAGUUUUCACUCGAUUAAAAACAAAUUUUUUUUUUAUUUUUUUUAACCAAGACCCUUCAAAAUAUCUCUACUAUAAUAUACGGUCUUUCUGGACUUCCCACACCCUUCUCACCUGGCCGAAAAUAUUCCUGUUGCUAUUUCAGGGUGUCGGAGAAGUACACUGUUGUUUUUCUCUGCUUUUGUUUAUAACAAAUGUUCCCUUUAUUCUUCUAUUUUCACACUUCCGCCUGAAUACCCCUUUUCUGGAAGAAUUCAUCAAUUAUUUAUACUUUUUAAUUACAAUUCCGAUAAAAACGAGAUGCUAAAAACAAUUGCCCAAUGAGAUUUUUUCCAAUUUCUCAGCCAAAAGUCAAACAAAGUUUGAAUUUGUGAUUUCCCGCAUUUUUUGGCAUUGUGUUUCAAGGGUUUUUAGUGCUCUAAAUUCCACGUUACAACUUUCGAAAUAUAAAUUUAGAGAUUUUUAGGUUUUUUAAGGCUAUUUGAAAGGCGAAAACUUUUAAAUUUCGAAUUUCCCGCGCAAUUUGGCAUUCUGUUUUACGGGUCGAAAAUUGGUUAAAAUUGAAUUUUUUAGGCUUUAAGUAGUUUUUUUAUAAAUUUAAGGUCAUUUAAAGAUCAUUUGAACCAAUGUAUUUUUUGAAUUUCUUGUUUCCCGCCAUUUUUGGCAUUAUGUUUCAACCUUAUUUUCUCUCACAAAACCGUUUCUAAUUAUUUUUUGACAGUAUUUUAAUUGUUUUAACGUUAUUUCGAGGCCAUUGCGGGUGCAACGUUUCGGCCCUCGAAUUUCCGCGGCGGUCCCAGGAAUUGGGCGUCUAAUUAGGAUGUUACGUCGCCUUCGUAUGUCACAUUAUUUGUUUCCGUUUUCGGACGAUUAGACGAAAAACGACCCGAAAACACGAGAGCCCCAAAUUACUCGUCGAGAACGCUAACUUUGGCAGGCUGGUGGCGUUGUUUACGGCGUUGAUUACAGUAGGAAAAUGAGACGUAAAAAGUCCGGCAUGUGGUGUGUACUUUGGGCUAUGCUACAGCUGAAUUAGCUAACACAAUUUUUUAUAGCGAAAUUUUUUAUUUUUCAUAGGCAAAAAAAUGUUUUUUAUGAAUUUUUCUCUGGGAUUUUUUGGAUUUUCACCCAAAAUUUGAGCUAAAAUACGGUUUUAAUAUUGCGAAAAAAUUUUUCUUAUGAAAAUUCGGGGUACCUAAAGGUUUUUCAUGCAAUUUUUCAGAUAAAAAAUUUAAAGUAAUUUUGAUUACAGACUAAUUUCAUCAUUUUUAUCUUAUUUUAGUCCAAAAAACUUGCCAAAAUCAAUAAAAACCCUUCUAAAAAUUUCGUUUUUCCUAUUUCUUUUUUGUCCGACGGCAUUGUAGGACAUCGUACUAUCCAUUUCGCGACCAUUCUUGCGUUCUCCGAAUUAAUUUUCGGCCAUAAAAAAGGGUUCUUGAAAACAACCGAACCGGAAGAAAAAAUUAUUUUAUUUUACAAUAUUUAUAGGCCCUCAGGGGAUGUGCGCGUGUGCUGUUAUAAAUUUAGAGGGCAUUUUUUCGUAUGGAAAUUUUUGCAAGAAUCUUUUAAAACAAAUUUUGAUAAAAAAUAAUUUUUUUUUUUUUUUUUUUCAUAAAAAAAAUAUUUUUUUUUUGAAAAAUUCGUACUUUACUUAUAAGUUAUAACCUCCUGGGAGCCUUUUAUAACAGCCAUUCGCUUGGUUUAAGCAAUUUUUCGACAAAAAAAACUGUUUUUUAUUACUUUAGACAACAAAAAUUCAAAUAAUAUUUGAAUGCUACUGAGUACUUGAAAUUUGUCAAAACAGUGUGCCAUACCCACAAAAUAGACUGUAAAUUUCACACUAUACAAAUUGUAGCCGUACAAUUUAAUCAUCAAGAUUUACAGCCAAUAAUUAUACACAUUAUACAUAACAUUUUUCCUCUAAAUUUCUCAAAUUUUGGUUGCAUUUAUUGAAUCUCUGUGCGAAAAGUGCAGAAGGUCAGCUGAUACUGACGGAAACAGUAUUUAAAAUUAAAAUUGCUAUUGUUUUUGGAUCGCUUUUGUCAAAUUGGACGCAGUUUCCCCAAAAAAGGCCUUUGUUUUGCUCGAGUUGGUCCCAGCAACUGAGCUUUUCAGAAAUUCUGACCUUUAUCUGGCUGAAUAAGAUAUUAGAUGGCAAAAUCAGUUGAUUUAGACGGUUUGACUUACUAAUUUUGGAAAAGUAUCAUCUGUUUUACCUAGAGGUGGCAAUCGGGCCGGGCCGGGCCGAAUUUUGCGGCCCGGCCCGCGGGCCGAAGUGACCAGGCCGGCCCUGGGCUUUUUCAAAUUUGCUCAGGCCCGGCCCGGCCCGGCCCGGUGAAAGCCCAGGCCGGCCCGGCCCGGCCCUGUUUGGCCCGAUACUGCAAAAAGGUUGGAUAAAACUUUAUGCACUCUCUACUGGAACUUUUUAUGCCUUCCAGCGGGGUUUUACGUCUAUAUGAGUGGAAUUAAAACGUCUAGUCGGCUGACUGGAACAGCCGAAUAGGUACCUAAAACCUAGCCAAAAAGUUGGAUUGUGUCGAUUUUUUUUAUCCUAUAGAAAGUUAGCUAUGUAAAAAUAUGGACGUUAUGAGGCUACAUGUUUAAUCAAAAACUGCGUAGAUGCGGUCAUUUACCUCAAGGAAUCAAAUUACAGCGAAAUGUUUUUAACUUAAAAGUUUAUCAUCAAAAAUUCGAAGAUUUGCCCGAUCCUUGCAUAUUUGGGUGGGAUUUUACAUAUACAUAAUCAGUGAUUUUAAAGAGUUUGAAAAGGUGGUAAAACAGUAUAUAAGUCAAAAAGGUUUGAUUUAAUAUCCAUCCAACAAUUCUGCUAAGCAUUUGUGCUUUAUUUUGCUGGUUCAGUAUUAAUUUUUUUCACUUAUCCACCUUCCGGGCCGGGCCGGGCCGAGAGUCUCGGCCCGGCCGACGGGCCGAAGCGGUCAGGCCGGCCCUGGGCUUUUUCAAAUCUGCUCAGGCCCGGCCCGGCCCGGCCCAAUCACCGGGCCCGGCCGGGCCGGGCCGGCCCAGCCCGAUUGCCACCUCUAGUUUUACCUGGUUAUUGUCAAAAAAUUGAGAAAAAUCAAUGUUUAUCGUCAAAAUAUGCAAAUUUUUAUUUUAAAUUCUGACCGAUAAUAGAAAAGCAUUCUGUAAAAUUUUGUAAAAAAAAACCUGGCCACUUCGUAUUUUACCAUAAACUAAUUGAAUUUUUGAUUUUUCUCGAUUUUCAGCCGACUUUGUCAAAUUUUGAUGACUUUCGAAAAAAUGAAAAAAAAUUUGUUUUAAAUUUCGAUAGCCAGCUGUAAAUACUAGCGUAAAAUUAUGUGGAGCAACUUUAUAAAGCUUGAAUCUUACGGUAAACACUUUGAAUUUUCGAAAAAUCCCGAUUUUUAUCCAAUUUUUCCAAAUUUUUGAUGAUUUUGGGGGAAAAAACUUUAUUUUUAACCAAAAGUUUGUUAAAAAAUAAAAGAUUUUGAUUAAAAAAUUCGUACACGCUCUUCAAGAUUACUGUAGAACACGCCAAUGAUUGCAAAUUUCCAGAAAAUCCCUAAAAUCUCUCCUCAUUUCUCGAGUGUAAUGCCUAAACGUCCUUGUCCCAUUCCAAAAACAAUACCCAAAUAUACAUUUAUUUUCGCGUUAAAUUUGUUUUUCUCCCCGUUCCUCCCCGAAAUCCAUUAGCCCAAUUUCCGCGCACAAAUUAAACCCAUUCGUGGGGCCCGGCGGGCCGGUUUUUUAAUUUUCGUCAAAGAUCCCGCUGGCAUGUCGUUAAAGGCUUGGUAUUUCGCAAAGAAGGGAUGUCAACGGCUAAGUGCCACACUUGGCGGGCCUACAACGCGUGCUGGUGUUAGUGGGAUGGGGUUUUAGGCCUUUUGGAGAGCGAGUUUUUAUUGGUAAUUUGAGAGAUUUUGUGGGGUUUAUAAGGUGCUGAAAGCGUGGUAAAAUCACAUUUUUGUUGCUGGUUUUUUGGACUCAUGGUGGAUUUUUUGUUUGAAAAAGUUAUUCAGCUGUAAAAUUGAUAUGUAAAAUAAGCAAAAAUUUUUUUUAAAUAUAUCAAAAAUAUGUCAAAACAAAAAAAAAUCUUAUGAAAAAAUGUCUGGACCUCCAUGUUAUCUUAUUUUUUACCAAAAAAAAAUAUUUCUCAAGAUACCAAGUGCUAUGUUUUUCAUAUUGCGCAUGAAUAAUCAUCCAACGACAUAAAUCAUUCGCUGAAAAUUUUGGCUUGCCCUUUGCAAGCCUAAAUUUUCAGAGAGAUGACGUAAAACAAGGAGUUCGCUAGACGCCGAUAUCUUUUCAAGGUUUGCGAUGAAAAAAUUUACCUUCUCUCCUAUCAAUACUCAUCACAAAUAUCAAACGUCAAAUUGAAAAUCGCGUAUUUUACCGGAUUCCCAAUUUCCUUUAUGACCUUUGUCACCAGGCCAGUAAAACUUCCGGCUCGAAAAAGACAUUCGAGUUUUGUUAUUUUUAAAUCAAAUUCGGCCAAGAGGGUUUACGACUCAUAAACUCUUGGCCCAUUUAUUAGACAGACAAGUUUUAUUGGAACCACCGGCGAAACUCGCCUCAUUCCCGAUGUUAUCCUUGAGAUCAGACUUGUGGGUUGAUUUGGGCCUUGUGGGCUGGCGAUUGGACCAAUGAUCUAGCAAAAUUAUUUUUGAUUUCUUGAAGGAUUAUUGGGUAAAAUACGGGCUGUGAAAGAUGUUUUACAGUAAGCUUUUGAGCAAAAAAAUCUAUAGGGGAAAAUUGGUAGAUACGAGUUUUUUAUCUUUUUUACAGACAGAGUACCAUCAAGAACCCUGCAAAAUUUGCGGUAUAAUCUCUGAAUAGCCCGUUUAUCACACUCUAGAAAUUUUAUCCCGUGUGCUAUAGCCGCAACGGAGAUAUUAGCAACUUAUUUUUUGAGAGAGAGCAUCAAAAGAGAGGAGAGUCGCGCGUGAAAAACUCUUUACUCUAUAACUUUUAAAUUUGAAGUCAGGCUGAUUCGUUUUUUCUUGCAUAAAUUCGAAAUUCUUCUUUGAUCUCACUCUAAUUUUUUCAAGGAAAAUUGCAAAAAUUUUGCUAAUUUUCCGAUGAUUUUUGUUUACCUUCUCCAAGAAAGCUUUGGUCUUUCCCCAGCCUCCUUGUAGCUUCAAAUUAGUCUCCGAAUCUCGAGUUCAUGCAAAAUCUGCAGCUUCGGACAUGAUGUUUGUUAUGUUAACUUCCAAAUUAAGGAAGGAAAAAAACAUGUCAGAGUAAUUACCGUCGAAAUUAGUCGAUAAUUUUGUUCAAAAUUUGUGCUGGAAAAGUUUUAAUUAGCUAUUUUUACUUAUACAUAAUGAGCAAAGCUGCAAAGAGAGACGUUUUCUAAGCCCCUAACUGUACGUAGUUCCUCAUUAGAACGGAAAAAUUGCAGGAUGAACGGAGAUUCCCGACCUUCUUUGUUAUUUAUAUUACCCAUCAUGCGGUGGAUCCCAUAUUUGAACAGGCUUUAUUCGUAAUCAAAAAUGUUAGAUACCGGUAUUUGUGGUUUAUAAACGCCUCUGAUUCUAGGAAUUUGGAGAAAUUCCAUUUUAGUAAGCAACUGGAGAUAAGCAGAUUACUGUAUUUUUAAACAUAUAUUUUUGAUCUAAUAUAAGGUGUUUGACAGUGGAAAAAGAGUUGUUUAUGAAGAUGCUAUGCUGUAUACAGGUCAGUGGUAAGACAAAGCUAAAAUUUGAGUCAAAAUUAGCGUAUUUUACAAGCAAAAAAUAUUUUACGAACAAACAUUUAGCAAAAAUUUUUUGAUGAUAUUACAGUAAUCCAUAGACAAAAAAAGGCUGAUAAAGUCUAAAAUAGAAAUGAUAGGGCAUCUACGUUUUGCUUAUUAUACUCUCUUAAUGAUGUUAUCACGUCGGGUAUAACAUUUUUUAAUUUUUCGACCCCAAAAACUACACUAUUAUUACGCACAUAUACGAGUGCCUCCAUUCUCCCCACAAACAUCCACCUAUUCUUUGCGUAAUUUGUGCUCGCAUCCCGUGCAUUAUGCGGAUAAUCCGCCAAAAAUUUGUUCAUUAGACAGAGACUUUGUUUUCAGAACAAUGGAAAAUAGAGUUUAUGAUGGUGGGAAUUUUUAGGGAGGGACAGUAAAAUUAUGUCAUUUUUAGGGGAAGAUGAGGAAAAUGGGAGAGGUGAUAAAGUAAGGUGGUUUUUUGUCUUUCGGAGACCACGAAAAAAUCUAUUUCUCUCAAAAAAUUUUUUUUUUAUUUUUGUAGAAUACGAAGAUAAACCUACUUUUGCAUGAUUUAAUAAACCUUGAACCCACGAUCUCUUCAUUAACCAUGCUUUUCACAGCAAUCUUUUUUAAUUUCCCCCCGUGAAAACACCUUUUAUGGGCAAUACUUUGCCUCUGGCACGUUUCCAAUUUAUGACCGAUUCUGUUGUCAAGGCCUUAAAUUUUACGACCAGUGGACAGCCACCCACAAAAAAAGCUCUACAAAAUUGCUGGAGGCAUUUUAUUUCCAAAUUUUCGAUCGAAUUCUUGAGCCCAAAAAUAACAAAUUUAAGGGGCAAAAGAAGAAUUUGAUUAUUUACAUUUGUCGUCAGAGCCCUCAGAAAUCGUGUCGCGUAUCCCCAAGGGGAUUCUUUAGCGAUUUUUUGGAUGCAAAAUCAGUUUAAGUUUGUGCUGGAUAUUCGCGAAAAAUCCGGGCAUUUCGAGGCAACGGAUAAUGAGGAGGGCGGCAUGAUAUCGUGGACUUGUUGUCUGGCCCUGCAAAGGGCAUUCGGGACGGUUUACGUAGUGUUUUUGAGCUUUGUGAGCUCAAGAGUACGGAUUGUAAGGAGGGCGGUAAGAGAGAAAGGCUUUUUCAGCCAUUUUUUUGCAAAUUUUGUGUGGAAAAAUUCAUUUUUUUGUGGGAAUGUUGUUCUACGAGUAAGAAUGAAAAUUUUCAUGACAAAGUUUGCAAAAGAUUUAGUGUUUUUAUCAACUUUUUUGACUUCAAAUCAGUUUCUGCAAAGCGCCAGCGACACAUUUCGCUUGUGUCCUAGAAAUUUUUAAACUUACAAGGAAAAUAUCAGAAGUGCUACUCUCAGAUUUUCUUUAGAGUUUGCACACAAGUCAAUCAUAAGCUAAAUAUCAAUUCAUGAAAGUUUUAGCUGGCGCUAUGCAAGCGCCACCGAUAUAUUGGACGAUCUUUGCCGCCGAGAGAGUACGCUGAAUGCGGAGAGCGGUCAGAAAGAUUAAAACUUUUUGACCAUAACUUUGCCUGUUUCCCGCGGAAAAAAAAAGAUUUUUGGUGAAAAAAUUACGUUUUACGGUAGAAAUAGGUCUGAAGUUUUUCGUGCCGAAAUUUGACAAAAAGUCUCAAAUUUUCGCCGGUUUUCGGUCUCAAAAUCUCGGUUGUUUCUGCAAAGCGCGAGUUAAGAUUCUUGCAUAUAUUUUAGAAAAAAAUAUUCUAAAUUUGUGCCAAGUUUCAUCAAAAUCUGAGCGUCGCACUUGGAGUACUUCACCUGUUAAUUGACGUUUAUUAUAUAGUGUCAUUAUCUCCUCAAAAAUUACUGUGUGAAUUUUUUGAAUUCUGCAAAAAAUUCUCUUUCCAAAAAUUGUAAAAUUCCUGCAUCUCGCAAAAAAAAAAACAAAACAUAUUUUUUCGGAUUAAAUAUAGACCAGUUGAAUUUCGACGUAACGCCAGCGAAGCGGAAUGCCCUCUCGAUUGUCAGGGGAUUGUUCCAAGAAAUAUUUUCGAAAGCGCUGAGGCAUUCGUUGUUGGUUCAGAGGACGCAACAUCCGGCAAAUUAAAUGACCACAUAACUUUUGCUGGAAAUGAGUAUUCCUGGUAGUUGUUAUUAGAAGAGUUAUUAGCAGGAGAAAGUGCAAGUCAAUGAGAAUUUGAGGGGAUCCAGGUCGAAGAUCAAGCAGAAACUUGUGUAGUUGGAGGACAGAAUUAAAAUAUAAGGCAUGACAAAUAUUUUGGAGGUUGUAGAGCCCUAUAAAUUAUACCACCAUCUGGUAAAACGGCGGGAAAUUACUUUAGACACCAAAAUCAUCAAAAAUUUGCAAAAAAUCUCGAAAAAUGAUCGAUUUUUCUAUAAAAAUUUCCGUUUUUUAUUUGAAAUCAGACAAAAAUAUUUGUGUUCUGUAUAGUUGUUUGUAAAAUACAUCUGUUUUGAUUCAUUUCUAUAUAGAAUUUUUCAAAAUUCCCUCGAGUUUAAAUUGAAACCUAAAUUUUCGCUAAAGUUCUUCUAACAAUGCCUUUUUAAUUUAAUUUCCCUCCAAAACACGGUCGCUACAGUUUCGCCUUUGCUCUAUUACCCCGUAGACAUGUUCGAAAACAAUUUACAGACAUGCUUGCAGCACGUUUUGUCUCCAUUUUCCGGUAUUGUGACGUAUUCCCCCGGGUUCAGAGACUCCUUUCGGAUCGAAAGAAACCCUCCAAUUAGAGUCUUUGAAAAAGCCAAAAAGUUGUAGCCAAAUAAACCGAGACAUGCCCUGUAAGAUCUCUCUGUGGGCUUGCGUAAUUAGCGAACUUUUGACUUCAAACACGAGCUAAACUGAGCGCUAGUUUGCAUCGUAUUGUUGGCCGUUUGGAGGAGCCGGUCGCGCGUGAAAAUCCGGAUCUUCUGAGCUUUGCGGGGCUUCCGGCCCAAAUGGAUCUAAGUUUUUUUAAUGCCCUAAGGGCUUAGGAACAUAGGGGUACUUGCGUUUCUGCAGGCUAAUUGCAAGGUUUAUCAAUUCAUCUAUAUUUUGUCCGGAAAAUUUUGGACCUUUUAGGAGGCUUAUAAAAAUGGUCGGAUAAACGUAAAUUUUUGAAUCUUCUAUGGCGAUUAAACUACCGUACUGUUAGACGGUACAAUCAGAAGUCUUUUCAAAUCAAAAUAUUUUCAUUGACCACACUUGUAAUAUAAUAGUAAAAAAUAAGCUUUUCAAAAUUUGCCCAUCUUAUUGGGCCAUGUACAAUAUCGAGGAUUUUCUCGCAAACCAAUUGCUCAAAUUUAAUCACCUUGGGCUCUAAUGUAAUCACAGACAAUGUGCUUUCAAACAAAUAUAAGAGCAUACUACUUGGCAUUACAACAUUUAUGGUAAUCGCAUUUCAAACUAAGGCACAAAAAAUACCAUUAGAUCUAUUAUUAAUACGAUAAUGUCUUCUCUUGUCAUAACAUUGACCAAAACUUUCCCUUCCCCCCAUAAAAACACUUGAACGCCACGCAAACGAAAGGUUGUUACGACCAGUAGCGUCACGAUAUUCGAUUUCAAAUCCAUUGAAUUGAAAGCAAAUAUUCGACAGAUCGUUUUUGGAUGUCAAAAUAAAAAGGAUCGUCGAAAGGAAUAUUUUCACGUGAAGAUCUUUUUUCUAUUUUUCUAACUAAUUAAUAAUGAGUUCUCUUUCAGGCGUUAAUGGGUCAAGAUCAGUCCAAGUCUUCGAUGACCGCCUUUUCCAAUUCGUUUGACAGUGCCACCGUCUACCAAACAAAUCGCCAUUCUCUUGCCCCAAGACGCGCCGAUUCCACCGCCUCCGACGACACGCAGUCUACAAGUCUGAAGGAGCCCAACCGACCAAUCGCCGGGUCUACCGGGUCGUUGCAAGCCAACUCAACGGGUCUCCGAAGACAGAAGAAAAUGAGUAUGGAAAGGGUAAGAUGACUAAAAAUGCUAUCGAAAGUAUUACACAUCGUAUUUUGAUCGGUUUUAAAAUGCUGUGAAUUCGUUAAAAAUACGAGUGUCGCAUCUUCUUUCGUAUUUUAAAACAAUUUUUUAAAAAUUACCCAUUUUUCCGCUGACUAAUUACCGCUGACAGCAUUAAUCAUAUUUUUUGUCAUCAAGCUAGGGCGCAGCUUGCCGAAUGGAAAAUCGUAAAACACGGAGAACGAUUCUAAAAUUUGAAUUUUUGAGUAUCCAUGGUCUUUUUUCAAAUAUUUCAAGUAUUUUUUCGCUAUAAAAACAGCAAUUUAUCCAUAGAUUACCUCAUAAUUUAAAAAAAAUAAAUUUCUAAAUCCCGAAAUCUGAGCUCAACGUUCCAAAAUUCCCAUUGUAACUUUUUUCUUUUUUUUUCUUUCCCCUCCAAAGAUUCUAGAAUUACCCGGCAUUCUCGCUACGUGUCUAAUUUAGAGUAUGACCCAUUAAACUUUUCGAAAUUCUGCAUUUUUCGCAUUAAAAAUUUCUUUUUUUGCUCCAAAUUUAGCGAACCCGCCGGGGUGAUUGUGACGUCGCUGCAAAUGUCUUUCCUUUAAUAAUUAUUAUUCGGAAAGUGUGGCCGUUCCAUAAAUUCUUAAUUCGGCUGCCCUCCGGCGCUUCUGAAAGGGGGGUCGUUAAAAAUGCGACGAGUGGGUUGUAAGUUUCGGUAAUGGAUGCCCUCAGGGGCCUUUGCGAUGAUGAGCAGAGACCAGGUUGUAAAGGAGGUAGUAGAUUAUCGGGAGUUAUGUUGGCACGCGAUGAAUCCGGGUCGGAAGCCGGGAAAAAAGUGUAAAAUUAAUUGGAUGCAUACGGUAGCGGCGGAACUUCGGGUUUGAAAGAUCUUUUUGGACUUUUGUGGAGGCUCGAGGAUUGAUGUUUACUAAGGGUUGCGUCACGGAAGUUGAAAAUUUUUCGAAAUUGCUUGAUUUUUGGCACAUUUAGAAUUGAAGUACGCAAAGUUCAACUCUCAGAUUUUCUUCAAUUUUAGCAUAGAUAAUCUACAUAGGCCAUAUUAACAUCGCUGAAAAUUGUAGCUCACAAUUUGCAGCCGCAGCCGAGAUAUUCAACGAUCUUUGAAGCAAAGGCAAAUAAGGAAGUUGCCAUAAGCUAUGACUUGCAAAGAUCGUUGAAUAUCUCAACUCCGGCUGUAAGUCAUGAGCUAAAAUUUUCAGUGAUUUAAAUAUGGUCUAUGUAGAUUACCUAUGCUGAAUUUUAAGACAAUCCGAGACUUGAGCUUGGAGAACUCCCACAAAAAUUUUUUUUUGGAUUAGGAAACAUAGCCUUGUGUCUUGUGCCAAUAUCACGUAUCAAAAAAAAUUUUUGCAUCAUUUCUACCGCACUUCCAACUCAAACCCACCUCCUCGCACAUUCUCACCACCAGCAUUACUGUAAUAUCACAAGCUCCAUGUGGCCCAAACACUCCUCUUUUCCCACACCCGCCCGUUCUUUGAAACCACCAGAACGCAUUUAUUUUUAACAUUUUUUCACGAUGAAUUCGUUAUCACCCAACAUCCCGUGCCCGUUUUCGGGGGUUGUUUUCCCAUAUUCACCGAGAAUGUGUAGCAUGUUUACCUCAGCUCCCAAUAAUACCCGCUAAUUUUUUAUUUCUUACCAAUUUUACGUAAAAAUUGGACAAAAAAAGAUUUGUCUGAAAAAAAUUUUCAGCAAAACAUAAUUUAACCUAGACUUCUCUUGUCGUAUUUUACCUCAAAAUAGAUUCUUCAGCCAAAAAUUGUAGCCAAAAUUAAAGCUACAGAUUUUGUUCCAACGCAAAGAUAAAGAUCCCUGAUUUUCAUUAGUUUCGGCGUCGAAUUACAAUGAAAUCACUAAUACAAAAGACGGAUUUUGUUACAAAAACAGUUUGGAAAGCCUGGGGGUGAAAAACUUUGGACAUCAUGAGGUGUUUAUGAAGGGGGUGGGAAACGGGAUUUUUUCGAAAUUCUGGAUUUUUUUUCUGUGAAAAAUUUGAUGACUUUGAUUAUAACUUAUUUGGUCACUCUUGAAAUCAGAAGUAAUAUUUUGACCGUUUUGAGAUUUUUUAAUCGAAAAAAUCUAAAAAUUUUUUGUUUUUUUAUCAAAAUUCUCCAAUUUUUUUCGAUUUUCCGGUAAAAAAACGAUCACUUUUGGUACAAAAUUUGUAUCCUAAAUUAAGUUUCACACGAUUUAAAUGGCAUAUUUUACCCUUUAGUUUCAAUUUGAAUCCAUCUUUUUCCAAAACCGACUUUUUACCACCAAAUUAUACUAGUGUAAUAUAUUUUUUUCAAUUUCUUAUUCUUAAAUUUUCCUUCAGAUCCUAAUCGUGCACGUUGUUUGCAGUACACGAUUAAGCUCUUUGUUUACGUGCAGCUAUUCACACCUACUUCCACCGCAUCUGUUGUAGUUUUCUUCCACAUUAUUUUCGUCUGUCUACUGAAUAGACUAAUAAUAUUUGUUAUGAUUAAAUUACUGUCUAAAAAACCGUAUUUCCCUUAUAAGUGCCGCGAAAAUACCGUCGAAAGCGCAUUUGGGCGAGAUUGUACACAUAUUCUCUUGUCCAAUUUGUAGCGUUUCUGUAGUAACUAAGAGGGUCGGAAAUGGGGAUGUCUCAUGUCUAAAUUAAUCCCAAUGCCCGGAUGGGAAAUGUACUUAUGUGGGUACAAUGUAUAUUGGUAGGAAGUGUAUGAGGCCUGCUUUCAGUUUAUAUUGUAUAAACUUGUAUUUUAGUGGUAAAAAUAGCAACAAAAUUGUUUGAAAAGGAAAGUAUUAGGUCUAGAAGUAUGACUUUGUCGUUUUUUUUGUUUUGCGUUUUUCACAGGUUAAGAUACAAUUUCGCACCUUCUGUUUAGAGGAUCUGAAAGAACGCUGAAAACGCUAUCUACUGAUACAUGUUUCAUAUGGUAGGGCUUUAUAUCACGACUUUUAUAAAGCGUCCAAGAUGACCAACUUCGCCUUAAGAAAAUGUCGUUUGCAGGGAACUUUAUUCUGCACAUGUAAUGUGAUGAUACAUAUCGAGGCUUAUACCAAAAAAAUCGCAAAAUUUUUCUGAUUCAGAAUAUGUAAAAAUUAGCUGCCCAAUUUUGAUUUGUAGGGGUAAAAAACCCCCUCAGGACUUUUCACGCAACACCACGCAAAUGUUCAUUUUUUAUAUUGGAACUACAAGUUAAGGUGUAGUAUUAUAAAGUUUGAUAUUGUAAGGCUUGUCAAGAUACCAGGGUUCACAUUAGCUCAAAACAAAGCUUUUUCAUUGGUAAAAACUCGGUCAAAAAGGCAUUUAUUUGCGUGGUGUUGCGAGAAAAGUUCUGAGGAUUUUUUCACCCUUACAAACCAAAAUUAGGCAGUUAACUUUUACAUAUUCUGAAGCAGAAAAGCUUUGCGAUUUUUUUGAUAUAUGUCUCGACCUGUAACUACAUACCAUAAGAAGUGCUUUCCUUGUGAAAAUUUUUGAUGACCAGUUUUAGACUGACAUACAUUUUGAGUAUUUUAGGGAAAAAAAUUGAAAUUCCAAAAAUAAAUUUAGCCUCCACAUGACUUAUGAAGCCGCUUCCCUCCCAUUUAACUCAUCUCCCUCUGUCAUACAUCACAAACAACUCCAAAAUAUGGAGAAUGUCAUCUUCGCCCAUGUUUUACAAUUUGUCUUUUCUUCGGCCAGUAAUAUUCGAUUUAAAUAUUCUCCCAAAGCCGCUGAAAUCGAAUAUCAAUUACAAUUUUCCCGGCGGCCUGUGACGUCCCCAACCGUUUUCCCUUCGCGUUCCCUGAGGCAGAAUAAAAGGGGCGGAGUUUCGGGGCGGCGGUUUGUUCGGGAGAAGGGGGGAAUCUUUUGCACUCGCGGCCCGACCCCUCUGGCAACAAAUAUUUUUCGACAAUUCCACUUGAACAAUCAGUCCAGCCCAAUGUUCGGCUGGACUGUUUAGUCGGGGCACGCGACUCGAGCUCGAGUGUUACACUUCAAACCGGCGGGCAGAUAGGGGCGGGGAAUUGGACGUGUGACUUUUGUGAGCGGACAUACGAUUGGGACAGAGGGCUCAGGGAGUGGUGGACGAUUUGUAGCAUCUAUUUGAUGAUUUUUACGCCCAAUACACUUGACUUGUAGAUUAGAGAAGCAAUUUUUAUAUUGUACUUGAGUGCUGGCCAAGAGAUGGACAAAAAAUUUAGUUUUCGAUUUUUCGAAGGAAAGUAAAGAUUUUACAGUAAUCUAUAAAUAUUGCAAAUUAUUUCUAGAGUAUAUUUGACUCCUCUUAUUUAUCAUUUUUACUAUUUUAAGUAUAGAAAUUUUCAAUGUUCUUAAAAAUCAUCAUUUUUCGAAACUUUUUCCGGAAAAAUGUCAGCCCUGAUUAAAAUACAGUUACCACCUUGUAUAUUAUAGUGGCUGACAAAAUUUUCUUUCCACCUCUAUCUCGGGAACCGUUGGGCCUAGAACCUCCAAAUUCGGCAUAGAAACAUUAUGGGGCAAUCUAACAUCACACCCAAAAAAUCAUAUCAAUUGAUGCACUUUCAGUGCACUUUUUAUGCAAACGGCAAAAACGUGAUGACAAAAUUUUCUUUCCACCGCUUGUAAAUCAUAAGCCAGAGGGCGCUAUGGCAUGAUUGUGGUGUCGUUGUGAUCGCGAAGAAGUCCUCUUUCGAUCCGUGGCACAAUUUUGCAGGACCUUUUGUUUGUUCGCCCUUGGGCGUCUGCCCAUCGUUGCCUUGUCCGUUUUCUGCCAAAUUCGUGGCCGAGAAGCCCGCAGAAGGCCCAAUGAGAUGAAACUGCCGUUAAAAAAUCUGCUAUUUAUGUUUGCAACAUUGUUUACACCGGCAGUAAAAUUAGAUUCAAUUUAAGUGUAAAAUGUGCACUUCCAGGGUUUGCGAAACCCGAAAAUCGCUUAUGUACAGAAUGGAGAAGUCCAAAUAACAUGCGUUUACUAGACAUAUGGCGCAUUUUAGGUACUAUACGACAGUCUGUGUUGAAAUCUACUACCUUAUCUUACCCCUCUCUGGUCUAUGUCGUCUUUAGUAACGCAGGUUGUUGCAUUAUAUGACGGGGAGGAAUUGGCAUUACUUAAGCAUGACAUAUUGGAACUUUUGACUACCAGACUUCCUUAAUACAUUGACUUUGUCCUGCCUUUAACGUUUUUGGCACGACAAGUUGCUUGCGCGGGAAGCUUAGGGUUACAAAUUUUGUACAUGGGGCAUGCGGAAUCUUUCUUCUGCUCAAACCUAAACGCGACAUCAGAGACUAAAAUCGUCACUAUUUUUUAAGGCUGUAGUAUCAUUGAAAACAUAUCAGCAAAAAAUGUUACUUGAAUUGUCUGCAGUGUUCCCAUAACAACGUCAUUUUCUGGUAACGAGAACCCUGGAAGUGCACAUUUUCCUAUGCAACACGCUUAAAUUAAAUCUAAUUCUACUGCCGGAGUAAACAAUGUUGCAACCAUAAAUACCAGAUUUAAUAAGGGCAGUUUCGUCUCCUUGGGCCUUCUGUGAGCUUUUCUGGCCAAGAGUUUAGCUGAAAACGGACAAGGCGGCGAUGAACAGACGCCCAAGGGCGAACAAACGAAAACUAUUGUAAAAUUGUGACACGGAUCAAGAGAGGACUCCUUCGCGAACACAACGAUACCACAAUCAUGCCUUAGCGCCCUCUGGCUUAUGAUUUACAAACGUUUUUCCAAAGUGGAAAGAAAAUUUUGUCAUCCCGUUUUUUGCCUUUUGGAUAAAAAGUGCACUGAAAGUGCAUCAAAUGAUAUGAUUUUUUGGGUAUGGUGUUAGAUUGUCCCAGGAUGUUGCUAUGCCGAAUUUGGAGGUUCUAGGCCCAGCGGUUCCCGAGAUACGAGGUGGAAAGAAAUUUUUGUCAGCCAGUAUACAAGGUUAUGGUGCCUCGACAAAGAAUUUUAUAUCAAAUCAACUAGGUUUCGUAUCUAUUUCUGCCAAAUUUUGCCUUAUUUUACCUUUAUUUUCCGAUUUUUUAAUAAUUUUUCGAUUUCCUCAAAAAUGCCCGUAAAAUUUUCAAUUUCAAUCCCUUCCAAAUGUAAAAUACGCUGAACUAAUUCAUCAUUAUUUUCAGCGUUCCGGUUCCUCCACACGCUCGACCAGUACAAACGGAAUGGCCAAAUCCCAGCGAACCCAGAGCCAGUCGGCCAAGUCGGUCAGCAAAAAGAACGGAAUCUCCGGGUCAUCACAGGUACGCCAACUACUCUAAUCUAUUUUUUUCGACUACAAAACUAUUUCAAAAAUUGAGCGAAUUAGGCCAAAUUUCGCGAAUUUUCCGAAUUCGGCCCUCGUUUUUUAGACAAAUUAACCGUGUUUUUUGGUGUCCGAGAACAAAAUUUUUACGAAAUACGAAGCCGUCGUGCUCAUUGUCGAGUCAAAAACAAUCCCAUUUUCAUAAUCAACACUUGGCCAAAGGGGAAUUGCGAAAGUUUAUGACGCAAAAAUACCCGUGCCCUUUGGGUGUAAAUUGUGUACACUCAAAUGUAAAUGAGGCCAUAAUUAUUGGCCAAAUGCAACUCGCUCCAUAAUUGAUUCAUUUCUGACGUCGCUGUGACAUUUUUUGACGUAAACUAACAACGCCUUUUUCGUAGCGAUAUAAUUAAAUUUGCAUAUGGAAAAAACCUUGAAUCAAUUCAAAAAAAUGUUUGAAAAAAAUCGAAAAUAACUAAUAAACCAAGGCAAAUAAUUGCAGGCAAUAAUCAACUUCUGCAUCGAGAAUGCCAAAGGCGACGUGGCCAGCAGAGUCGUGACUCGGAUGGCCAACAAACGCGAGGAUUUCAACCAAUUCCUCGGCAGUUUGAACUCCGAAAAUUGGAAUGCUUUUGUCGGCUCACUACGCGACUACUUCCACGCCGUCGUCCAGAAUCUACAGUCCUCGGAUAAGGUAGGAAAAGCCGGGAAUGACUUUGAUUUGAAUGGUUUUCAGAUCAAAGAGAUCUCAGUGCAAUACGGCGCCGACCAGGUGCCGAGGAGAGCAUGGGGAUUUAAGGCCGAUUACUUUGCGGUAAUGGCGAGCGCGCUGACCACAGAAUGCGUGUUUUUGGAUGGAGCAGCGCAUCAGGUAACAAUCUUGUAUCAACUUGUCUAAUAUUAUAUAGAUUUUGCCAAAUUUUUGAGACUGUCAUCAAGUUCUAGCCUUGGAUAAUAUAAUUUUUGGUUAAAUUAUUGCUUUAAACUUAUAUUUUUGCAGGAAAACUUAUUUUUUAUUCAUUUAUUUUUAUCUAAUUUUUAUUAUCUUCAGCCCACCGAAGCGAUCGAGGCCUGGGCCGAGCUGGCCGAGCUAAUGUUCAGCAAUAUCCGAGAUGGUUACUAUCAAAGGGUAAGCCGCUCUUCAACGCCUUGCAAUCCCGCAAAGCCGCCUACGGUAAAAAUCUGGCAAAUUGCUUAAACAAGUUUUGCGGCCAAACACAGAAUUAAUCCCCAACUGCAUGCAAGAGCUGAAAAUAAAUUGUAAAUACGAUUAUGUCGCUUCACGGAAAUGCCGUAAUCCGCUUGCCUAAUGGAUCGCUACCUCAGCUAAGCCGGAUGCCCGCAGGAGAAAUUAUGUUGUUUGGGAGCUCUGCGGCAUUUCCGUGGGGUCGCGUCGGCGAUUUCGCGGUUUAGUAAGCCGCUUUCUUGGGCUAGCAAAGCCAUGUACGGUAUUUCGACAACCACAGAUGUUACGAUGCAAGGUCUAGACGCUGAUUAAAAUGUGAAUAGGAAAGUAUAGGAGCUGUAGGCGAUUAUGUAACAGUUUUAGAGGACUCCGGGAUAGGAAAAUAUCCAAUAUUACACUUGACAUUACACGCUGUCUGGUGUAAUGUAGAUGGUUACCGCAGGUAACCCAAAGAAAAUAGAGAGAGAAACAAGUCGAAAUAUGAUAUUCUAAGAGCUCUAGCGAACAUUUCAACCAGUUACAGUCACAUUGGAAAUCAUAAUCCAUCUUAUAUUACACUUGACAUUAUUGUCAUCUAGUAUAGUAUAAAUGGUCAUAGAGCAGCAAAAUAAAGAGCUCUAGAUACUAAUAGCUUACUGUAACAAACAAAAAAUUUUAAUUUUUCCCCAAAGAUCACCUAGUAUAAUAUCCUCAUUUGCAGAUCCGAUAUCUCCGCAAGAACUCGCACUGCUUCAACCAGCUCUUCACACAGUCCUCGGAUCAGAGCACCGAAGACAACAGUAACCAACUCCUGACCCCGAACCCGUCCCCCAACCGGCUCUCGCCCAACCCCAACUCGAAGCCGCCAACCGACCGCCGAAACAGCACCCUGCGGACACAGAACACGCUCGUCUCCGGAGACACCGUGCGGUCGUAG